GCGUUACGCGGCUCCCACCUCCCCCCAAUAUACGAUACCGACGCCGUGUGAAUUUAUUUUCACGGUGGGAUAUAAGAUCAUUCGCGUGUGGAUGGUGUCUCCUGCGUCUCGUCGUCCUCGUCCCAGAGCGCACACCGAUCUCACGGCUCAUUAAAACUUAACGAGAUUGAAUAAAUAACAUAGGAGGCACGCGCGAGUGCGUGCGUCCGCGGCUGUUUUGAUGAUCGUCUCUGUGACUUCAUCGGGGCCCGUGGAAUUCACCUAAUCUACGACGAGGAAAACAUUCCAUCGGGCGCGGAGGGGCGAGGGGGAGAGGAGAAGAGUAAAAUAUAAAAUCAAGUGUGUGUUUUGUGUUUACUUUGGGUACGUGCGUGUGAGUGGACGCGCGUGUGUUUUUCUGUGUACAGAUUUUUUUUUCCUCUCCUCUGUGGGCUGUAGGUGUGUGUGCCAGGAGUGACGGAGGGCAUCGGGGACACGGCGCGGGAAAGGAUUCGGAGUCGUGCGGACACCGCUGAGUAUUAUGGAGAGGACAAUGGGAUUCGUCGGGUUGCUGGGGCUCACACUGCUUCUUGCUACGCCUGAAUUGGGAUAUGCCAGGGAGAGACGUAGGAAUUAUUAUGGCGCUGAGAUUGGUAGACUGAGGGUCUAUGCCCAUGGAAUAACGGGGACGGUCUAUGCAAUUGACGAGACAACAAUGUUCAUCAAGGGAUUUUCGUACGAUGGGAAUGCCCCGGACGCAUUCUUCUGGAUUGGAGACAGCCAGAGACCUAGUCCUGAGGGUGACAUUGUCCCGUAUCCGGAGGAUUACCCUGGCAGGGAUCCACCAGUUCUCAAGGCUUACAACAAUACUGACGUUAUCCUCAGACUACCGCAGGGAAAGAGGAUAAGGGAUAUCAAGUGGCUCAGCGUCUGGUGCAGAAGAUUCACGGUGGACUUUGGCGACAUCGCAAUACCCCCGAACCUAGACAUCCCGAAGCCCAGAAUUCUCCCGGAGUUCUCUCGUCUCGCUCACGGACUGCGAAGCGGCAACAUCAGCAUACUGGACAGCAAAACGAUUUAUAUACCGAAUUUGCAUUACGACGGGGCAGGACCGGACGCCUACUUCUGGGUUGGAACUGGCUCCGAGCCCAAUAUCAUGGGCACCAAGGUUCCGAAUGAAAUUGGGAGCUUGACGAAAUUACGAGGGUACCAGGGGGAGGAUAUUGAAAUCGUGCUGCCUGGAAAUUUAACGGUGUUUGAUAUUGACUGGCUGUCGGUGUGGUGUGUCCAGUACAAACAUAAUUUUGGACAUGUGAUGAUACCGAAAGAUCUGGAUGUGCCGCCGGCGUUGGGACAGACUAAAAUUACAACGAGCAAUAGUCCUCCAAUCGGCGGUAUGUCAGGACCCGGUGGGCAGGAAUUAACCAACUGCAAAGAAUUAUUGGAAGGUCGUGUUCAAGUACAGUGGGAAGUUAUGGGUGAGGACGUAUGGAUUCGAGUAUCAGGACGGAUAAAGGAGGAUCAGUAUGUCGCCUUUGGUCUAUCUGGACGUGAGGGUAAAGCACAAAUGGAAGGUGGUGAUGUGGUGGUUGUUGGGUACGACAAAAGGAAGAAGAAGUUCAUGGCUGAGGAUUACUACAUGUCGGAUUUGGCGCAGUGUGAUGGCAGCAAAGGAGUCUGUGCCGAUGAGAGGAUCGGGGGCAGGAAUGAUGUUGUUUUGAUCGAUGGAGGGAGGAAGAAUGGCAUCACCACUGUCACUUACAAGCGUCCCCUGCGCACAAACGAGCCCGAAACAGACCGAAUGAUCCCAGAGAACGGUGAGACAAGCGUGAUAGUGGCCAUCGGAGCGCUGAAUGACAGAGCGGAGGCGAACGCCCACGAGGCAGGCGACAAGAACGUCGAGGACAUUCGCAUUGACUUUACCUCGAGGCACAUCCACGAGUGCACAAACUCAUUGUACAACCUCCCAGACGAUCCCGACGACAACCUGAUCCCCUGGCCCCCAGCGAUGAUCAUGGACGAGAACAACUUCACAGCUAGAAUUGGCCCGACCGGGGGCAAAAGGGGCUACUCCAAGAUCACUGGCCAGCCUUCCUGGGGCAUCGCCUGGUACAUCAACGACCUUCUCAUCCCCGAGAUCACAGUUGAGAAGGGCCAGACGUACACCUUCGUCGUCGAGGGGGGAAACAAUCCGGCGAAUCCCGCGCGUUAUCACCCAUUUUACAUCACUGACAGCCCCGAGGGCGGAUUUGGACAGAAGAGCGAGCCCCAGCAGAUGAACGAGAAGGUUUUCGCGGGCGUCAGGUACAGCCCCGACGGGUAUCCAGAGCCGACCGCCGCUGGGCGGUACUGCGAGUGGGCCCACAAGACCAUCGACAUGAGCUCGGUAUCACCAACGUUCGAGAAUUACUUCGAAACUCUCAGGCUUGAGUGCGACUCCGGGGAACCGGCGAAACUCCUCUGGACGGUCACCGAUGACACUCCCGAUCUUGUCUACUACCAGUGUUACUCUCACAAGAAUCUCGGCUGGAAGAUCAACGUCCGGGAAUCCGGUUACAGUUCUCGUCACGGUACCGGUGGCACCACUGCAACAGCCUCCAGUUUUCUCAUGACUGUGCUAAUCAGCCUCUACGUCCUCCUGAGAUGAAUCGACAGGUUCGCACGAUGUUGACGAUAUGAAUUAACCACUCAUACAGCAACGUACAAUUAAAGCCACAGAAAAUAACAGAACACAGACGAACAAAAAUGAAUAAGAUAAAGUAACUGAGGGAAAUCUGAAGCAAUUCAAGGUUGUAAGAAAGUACUUAGCGUAAGAAUCAAACUGUAAAAUGGAAAGGCUAUACAGAGGAUUGGCGAGAUAUUUUUAAGACCUAUCAGAUUCAAUAUUUCAUAUUAUUAUUAUACAUAUAUUAUAUAUACAUAUUAUUAUAUAUACAUACAUUACUGUAGGGAAGGGGAAUGAUGAGAGCGAUGGGGUGAGAUUAUUGAAUUAUACACGUCCGCGAGUGAGGGAAGAAUCAAUCGAAAUUAUUGACAAUAUCAGAGGGAAAAUACGAAUAUGAAGCUAAGAUUUUCGAUGCAGCGCGACAAUACGUGAGGGACUGAGGGCCCUCAGACAAUAAAAGUUGCAUCGAAAUGUCACGUUUUCGAUUUUAAAAAUUUAUUCUCGAAGUAAUCGACAAUAUCGAGCGGAUUCUGACAAUAAUAAUGAUGAUUAUCAAUUUUUCCUUCAACAAAAGCAACAAUUGAAAGUAUUAAUGAAAGAAUUGAUUAAUUGUAAAAUUAAACAAAAAUUUGAUAAAUCAUUUUUUUUUCAAUGGGGAGUGGAAUGCCAGUGGAAAUCACUGUGAAAUGGUGUAAAUUUUUGCACAAAAUAAUUAGAGAAUGAUUUUAAUAAUAAUUUUAUAAUUAAAGAUAUAUAUUGAUAAGGGGUAAAAUCGAUAGAGAAUCUAUACGAUUGAGGAAACAAGAUAAAAUGCUGUCUGUUUGACAAUAAUGAGUAUGUAUAAUCAAUUUGAACAUAAAACAUUGAAGAAAGUAAGGAUGUGAUGUCGCUCCGACGUUCAUGUCCGAUUAUUAUCGAGAGUAAUUAAUUAUAAACAUUUAUUGAUACACAUUUAUCAUAGCAUCAAUAUCUGUCGUGAAUGGAAUAUGAUGGUUAUGAAGUGAUGUAUUGGAGAAAUAGUAAUGUAAUGUCUAGAUGUGUGGACCUUACUUCAACAGAGUGAAAGUAUAAAACGUGCCUUGGGUGCAGGAUUUCAUGUCUCACUUAUUCGGAUUCGUUGGGUUUUCGAUUGGAGUUAUUAUUGGGGGAUAAUUUUUUGGGACGACCAAUUGGAUUGUUGAGCCUAAUUGUUGGUGGGGACGGUUAUUGGUGAGAAUUUCAAGGACAACAAGGCGUUUUUUCACAUUUCAAUCUAGGUUGCUAUUGUCUUGGCAACUACAUUGUUGGAAAAUGAAAAAAAUUGAUUAGUCAUUUCUGGGAGAGUGGCAUUGAAUUUUAUUAGGGGGGAAAAAUAGUGAAAUUUCAGAUUUCACAGAGAAUUCAAUGAAAUUUCAAAUUCUUUAGCUGCAAAAUGAUGAGAAUUUCCUUACUUUAUUUUUGUAUCAAGCAGAAAUGUCGAGUACCAAUUACGCUGCAUUUUGAAUGAAUUGGAAAUUCUGAAAUAUAUUCACCUGACUUAUCAAUUUAGUGGAAUUUUCGUGAAUAUAUUGACCUGAAUUGAAUUUUCAUGGAAUAGCUUAAAUAAAAUUGACAUAUUCCUCCAAUUUUUCCAUAAAAUUUGAAUCUUCAGUUACGAAAUCCCUUGAAAAUCCAGUUGUAACUACCACAUGAUAAAGAUUCCCAAGAUUGUAGCAAAGAUUUCAACCAAGAAUUCUCAACAGUGUAAUAGUUCAAACAGAAAAUGUCAAAAAACAUUUUUCAUGGAAAACUUCUUCAACUACAAAAAAAGUCUUUUGACAUUUCCUCUCAAAACCAGUUGUUCCCGAGAGAAAUGCAGCAAUCAAAACUGUUGAAAUCACAGAAAAAAGAAAUGUGGAAAAAAAUUCUCAUUAUUAACGUCUUCCAGACAGUCCUGAAGCGAGGAUAAAGCUAUCAACCAAGAAAUCAAAGGAAUACAUAAUCAAAUUAGACAAAUAAGUAUAAUUAUCAACAACUAGAUUUCUCACGUUUUAUUCCGCUGUUCAAUAAAUCAAUCGUCAAAACUACCAACCGAGUGUCCAUCCAAGGUUCCCAGUGGGUCGUUCUCGAAAUUUGCAGGCUUUAAUGACUAAUGAAUACUAUCCAGUCCUCACGACCUAGAUAUCGAUUUAAAAAUUCAGAGUUAAAAGAACAUUUUUUAAAACUCUAGCUGUUUCUUUGACGUAUCGUGGGGUAAAAAUUAUGGAUCAUCCAGUGAAGUGAAACUUUCAAAUACGUGGUAUACAUAACAUUUAAGAUCCUAAGCUUACUGAAAUAGCUGUACGAUUCGACAAUAAGCGUAUCCAACAGGCACGAAUCUACCAAUAUUCUUAAAUUCAUUGUUAAUGUGUAAAAAUUUGGAAUGAGACAAUACGGAUUAAAUUUAACGGACAAUAAUUCCCGUAAUAAACCAAUGAAAGUAAAAUUUCUCCUCAACUUUGACAAAUAAAAAUGUGGAAGAAGAAAACAUAUUUCAGGAUAAGUUAAUUGAUUUAGGAGUAAGGAAUAAAGAUAUAUAUACAAGAUAAAUAUAAAUCUAUUUAGGGUGUAAGCGGAAUAAAUCUCCUACUUCUGUGAAAUUGACAAUAAAAUGACAUGUCAGUCGUGUAUAUGACGGCCCGGACGAUUAAUCGGGUGGGGCUGCUUCCAGAGGUGAUCUCUGAAGGAGAAAAAAUAUCAAAUUCCAAGGGAAUCUAUUAGGAAAUUGGGGUAUUCGAGGCGAAGUGGGGAAAUAAUUGAGGAAUGUUGAUAAAGUUUAGGAACAAGAUAUCAGAAGAGUUUUUUUAGACGAGAUUCUUGAAUAAGAAUAUUCUAAGUUUUUCCCCUUAAUUUUUUUCUCAUCUCAAUACAGAAUUCAAGGGAGAAAAAUUUCAGAAUUAAUGCGCAAGAAUUUUUACAGAAAAACAUUGACAAAUUCCCAUAACUACAUCUUCUUCUUAUGAAAAUAUUUAAUUGAGAAACCUAAAAACUAAAACCUAAAAUGUAAAAAAUUCUACUGAGAUUCCAUAAAAAAUUCUUUCUGUUUUUGCAGAAAUUCCUUUACUCUCAAUACUUUGUUUCUCAUUACAAAAUCCAGGAAAAAAAAUCACAACUUCAUGCAUAAAAAUUUCCAUAGAAAAAAUGUCAAAAGAAUAAAUGAAGUAAAAUAAAAAAAUCAACAUCCAAUAAAUUUUCACUUCACACCGAACAAAAUCCCAACCAAUGACGAGCCUAAAAAAUAUCAUUAAAUAUAUCAAUCCACAAUCCUUCGGAGAAAUUCAAACCCACCCCCGAGGCAGCCCAUCAAUGUCCAGGGUCGCUAGCUUCUUACGAAAGUGAGAAAUUGAAGAAAUUAAACCCAGAAUUUAUCGUGUAGACAAUAAGCGAUAACGUCUUUUGCUAUACAUAUAUCAUACUCAAUAAACUGUAAAAAGGAUUGAUUUUCAAAAAAGGCAGAAGUCUCCAGUCACCGUGUUGACUUCAUUAACGAGACAAUAAAGCGAGGCAGGGUCACUGUAUAAAUAUUUCAAUGUUCAAAAACGUCGGUGGAAGAAUGAGACAAUGUUUUUACGCGUGGAAUUUGUUUAAUGAAAUUAGUACGGUGACUACGAACGAAGGAUCACACGCGCGAAGAAAUUCAAUAGAAAAACCUGGCGCUUUUUCUAAGAAAUUCUAUUUGUUUUUGCGCUAAUUCCAUGAAAAAUGACGCUAGGUCACACAGUUGAGCUCUAAAAUGGCUAAAAGUGUUUUACCCUUUACUGCUGAAAUAAAAACAGCAGUAAAAACUUGGAAAAAUAAAAGACCACGGAUUUUUUCUACCAAAUAUCUCUAAAAAAUCCCCAGUAGAGUUGCCUAGUCUUCUAUAGAAAUGGCGCAAAAAGCGAAAAGAAUUUUGUUGAAAGAAUUCCAACAGAACUUCAAGAGAAUUUCUCAGAGAGACCGCUAGGUUUUCCCACUAAAUUUUUUCACUCGUGCAUUCAUGUGAUUGUACCAUUAACUCCUGAGGCUUUUUACUCGCUCGUAGACACUAAAGAGGAUCAAAAGGUGGUGGAACGUGUUUAAAUGUAGUUGAUCAAACUUUUCGAUCUUCGGUAAUUGAAAAAAAAACCACUGAAAUAUUGAGGGGAGAAUGAUUAAUGAAGAAGUGAAUUUUUGUCAAUAAUAUGUAUAACGUAGGAUCUUUUCGACAGUUGCAGUCGUCUUCGGAUAUCGUACUAGCGUUAGAUUGAAAAAAAUUUAUUCGUCCUCCCAUCGUUUCCCCAACGAUUUAAUUUCCAUUAAUUUUCAUUCUGUUACGCACUGUCACACGUCAUUUGUGCGCCUUCUACUGCUAUAACUGAGGACACAGUUGACGUUUUAUCAAUUACAAUUCCCUGUAACUCCCUCAAUGUGUAAUCAAGUACAAUAAUUGUCAACUGCAUUAAUUCAUUCAGUCGUUAAUGAAAUUUAAUGAUUAAAAAAAGUGUAAAAUCUACGAACGAAAAAUUGUUUCGUCCAUGCUGACCCGAACCAGCCAUUUAUCAGAGCACAGUAGGCUAAUUCAGUUCAACAACAUUGAAAUUAUAGAAUAAUUAGCGUAUGAAUUCAUCAAAACGAAAGAAAAAUCGAGUGGAAAAAUUUCCGAUAAGCUUCAGUCAGUGUUUAAAAUCCUCAAUAUAAAAUGAAAAAUAACUCGUUGUAUUCAUUCCACUGUUAUUAUUAUCAUUAAUUUCUUCAUUAUUACAAGUUAUCGAUGAUUAUAAUUACCAUUAAUUAACAAAUGUAUGAAAAUUUUAUAUUCACUUUGUGUGGUUGACAAUAAAAAAGAAUCGUUUUGUAAACUCAA